AUGGAAGCUUUACUCUCACAAUUCACCUUCCUCUCAGACCAGGCCCUUCAAGACAAGAACUUUGACCCUUCCACAAUUGAAGAUCUAAUGAAGCUGUUCGAGAUUGAAUCCUACAAGGCAUGGGCAGCUGCUGAACUUGAGCAAGAGAGAGAGGUGGAGGAAGCAGAAGCUGGCAUGCAAGAAGCUGAGCAAUACCUUGACUCGGUGAUGGAGAGUGCCAUGGAUGAGUUUAGACGCUUUGAAGAAGAGCUAGAGAGGAUGGCCAAAGAUGAAAUGGAAAGCCUGGUUCAAUCUGGUGAGAGAGCCAGAAAAAUGGGAAACUUGAUGGAAAAAGGUGCCUCUCUUGCUUCCAAGAAAUAUAUUGAGGCUGCACUCAAUUCAGCCACUGCUUCCAUGAAAUCAGCUUGGAAAGGUCUAUCUUCUGGAAAGGUUCAUCCUUCUUAA